AUGUUCGAAUCGAGGAAUGCGGCCCAGCUCCCUUCUAUCCCGUCUCGCCCUGCCUCUACCGACACGAUGGAGGAGUUCGUGUCCGCCGCGCCGAUCCAGCACGCAAUCCGCAACUCUGGCACGUUUGGAAUCGUCGACGACGGCAGCGAGAUCUUUAGCCUCGUUGGGUUUGAGCACCUGCAGAGGAGGCGGACGAGCAGCGGCAGCAUCAUCGAAGUCACGCAAGUACGCAGGUCGCUCUACGCCGAGAACGCUGAUCCGGAGGACCCGGAGGAAGUGCUCACCGCAGAGGGCGAGGAUCAAGCGGAACAAGUACAAGGCACCCGGUCUGGAGCGAGCCCAGCUCCAACGUUUGGGUGGCGAUCGCCUGCACUUGUCACUCCGGAUGUGGUCCACCAUCGACAUGGCCAUCUGCAUGGCCACCCGCAUGGCCACCCGCAUGGCCACCCGCACGCGCCGUUCCCGCCCAUUGCAACGUCCUCGAACGGGCACAUGAACGGGCACCUCAACGGUCAUGUGAACGGCCACGCUGAGCUGAACGGUUCGGCGCCAACGUCCCACGGCCACUCGGUCACGAGCGCCAACCCCUCGUCGGCAUUGCGCACCGCGUCGCUCAUCAUGGCAGCCCACGCCGAAGCACUUCACGGCAACGCUGGCGCUGCUGGUCCCGUGGAAGAAAGCUUGCGCCGUAUGGCAGCAGAGAGCGCCCAGUUCAGCGUCGUCCUGGAGGCCAUGGCCAACAGCGCUGACUUUGAGCGCAACUUUGAGCCAGCCAGCACAAGUGUCCACAAUGUCCACGACGAUCUGGAUCCUAGGCCGCCACGUUCUCGCUGGUCGGGCUUGUCUGCGGCAACUGUUCGCGCCAACUGCGAGGGACACGACGAGCCGCCGUCGCUCACGACUCCCCCGCCUCCGCCUCUCCCGCCACUGCCGACCGAGCUCCGCAGCUGGGCUGAGCUCCGAAACGCACAAGGCGCUUGGUCGGCAGCCUCAAGCGAGCUGCAGUCGAUUCUUGCCGCGAGGCCAGACGACGGGGCCGCCCGGCACGUCCCUCACCGAAUGGAGGCAGCCAACGCGCAGCAGCAACACCUGCCCCCGCAGUCGCGCCCUACUCCUGUGACGGAGGAGACAAAGGACAGCUUCAACGGUAUCGACCCCAACGCCAACGCAAGCCAGACGCAGCUCGGUCGCUCUAACCUCUCGCGGCGGAUAUGGCGGUAUUAA